AUGGGCUCAUUAUUCAGCAGAUGGAGACCAGUAGAGACGCGUGAGGAAGAGGAAGAGGAGGAGGAGGACCACAGCAUAGAGAUGACCACUCCAGAGGUGGAAGAGGAAGAAUCCGAUGAGGAAAAGAUGCAACGAUUGAAGACUCGGUGGCAUCGGAAACGACAGUGUCAAACUGAGGAGGAUCUCAGUGACUUGUUAGAAUUCGUGCGCAGGUCAUCGGCAAUCGACUGGCAGUGGCUCCUCACUGAGUGGUGUCGAAACUUAUCUUUCAUGACUGCUGAUGGUAACGUGAACAGCGCAGUGAUGAAUUCCGUGGAGGAGGUGUUGGAGGCAGCACCAGAUGCUGCGGCUGAGGCGACUGGCAAGAAAUUAGCUCAGCGACUGCGGCUAUAUAAGUUGCUUACCAAUGGAGAGUCCCCGCCUCUCUCGAGAGUACUGCCUUGGAAGGAGUUGUGUUCCAUGACCGACGCCGGUGUUUGUGUUUUUCUGGCUGCUGGUCAAGAGUUAGAAGCCUUGGCGCAGACUAUCACACCUUCUGUGUCUCGUGCGAACUGGUGGUCCAUAUGCAACGCCUAUCCACUGUGGCAAGGCUCUAUGAAGCCGAUGUCGCUAGUCAGUGUGCUCAUGCCCUCGGCUGUGAAGGGCUGUCGGGUUUCGCCGCCAUCUCGAGAGUCAUGCGUUGCGUUUUACUUGUAUCGGGCGUGGGCCCAAGUCCACUAUGCUGGGCAACACGGGGCCGCCUUGGAGACCCUAGCAAUAGGAGUAAGGCUGCUGAUGGGCCAACAGAUACCAUCCCGGCCUCAACAGCUGAGUCUUCCCACGAAGCUUCGGGCCCCUCCGGGCCCUAUGGAGGCCCUCCUUUAUGGAUUAUAUAAACUCAUAGCCCAGCAUGCACUACAAGUGUCCGUCUAUGGUCAGGAAGUGCCAUCAUUCGAGGAGUGGAUGGGCCUGAGUGACUCCCAGCGUAUUGCGAGGGUGAUAGAAGCUUCGAAACCGGGGAGUACUGGGAAGGAACUUUUCGAACAAGCGUUGCCUUGCGAUAUUCCGCCGAUCCCCGCCCCCAAUGCAGAUGUGAUCAGCGCAGUCUACGGUUCAUCACCGGACGCGCUGCCAUCAGGUCUGUUGGAGGCCUGUGCAUCGACAGUGGCGGUCCCUAUCGACUCUAGCGUGAUGGAGUAUCUUGAGGCCCGAAUUGAAUCCACUCGAGAUCCUGAGGAGGCAGCUGAGGUUGUCCAUCGGGUCGCAGAUGUGGUGUGUGCCUCUAACCCCACUUUGAAGCCCCAGGACAGGAUCAUCCGCUCAACGGCUCGGCUAGUACAGUUCGCCGUAAAUAGUGUUUAUAACAGUCGCUAUGCCCCGGCGGUGGCAGUUCACGCGUAUGUAUCUAAUAUUUACCAAUCGUUGCCAACGAGCGGCGCGGGUAUCCCCCGAGGGGUUAAAGAGGAGGCGUGGACGAAGCUGAUGGCAAGGGCCGAUCGUCUGGAUGCUCAUACGACUUGUGCUGAACUCAUGGACUCUAACUUUAACGUGGUGUGUUCUCGUGUUACUUUCCGCUUUAUGGAAGUCUGCAGCGGCGGUACGGCUUCCAUGACUAUCGCAGAGAAGGAGUACGCGAGUCGGCUGAUUGAUGGUAUGGUCAUGGAGGCUGGCUCGAAGCCUCGGAGUGAGCUCUUCUGGCAACGCCUCCUCGACAUACUCCUGUACAUUGUCAAGCAUGCCCUAUGUGAGGCUGUUGAAAUAUCGCAGGUUUACGGUGCAUUUUGUGACCAACUCGUGGGUCAAGACAGUUUGCCUGAGGCGCUAUCGUGGGCGGUUGGAAAAUGGCGUCACGAGAGCGGCGAGGUUGACGACUGGGUUGCCGAGGCGGCCAUCAGAGCCAUUGACUCAGCAGAUGCCUUGCGGUAUGACAUUGGUAUCGAACGAGCCCGACGGCUGUUGAAGCUUGGUGAAACUUCGCGCGCCCGGAAAUUGUCAGGGCUGCUGGACAUAUGUGCGUUGGUUUUCGACCUGUUAUCGUAUAGGGAGUACAUUGGGGGGAAGUUGGUCGGGCAAGCGGUGAACGUCGUGUUGAAGGCGACAGCACCGAAUGCUCGGGCUUCCUUCCGAGACUUUGCGUUUUCUACUCCUCAUGAUAUCAGAAUGCUUCUGGCCACUCACACUCCUGACGAGGCAGCUUUCAAGUUGCUCAAUGCAGUAGUGGCUUAUAAUUCUCAAUCGUUGGGCAACAGUGAGGGCCUGAGGGAACUUAGUGAGAGUAUUAGUUAUGGAUCUUGGUCUCGAGCGGGUCUGUUGCUGGUGUGUCAAUAUAGCUUAUCGGAUGGCCGGCUUGCUGAGGCGGUAGAGUAUAUUGAACAGCUCCAGGCGGCUGGGUAUGGCAAUUGUUGGCGACUCGCUGCUGCUGUUAUUCAAAGUGGUGGAGUUGUGGAGAGCGAUGAGUUCAAGAACAUGAGUAGGAUGAUCGCUGAUGGCGCCACGACGUGCAGCGAGGAUGAUGUUUUUGAUGUUAUUGAGGCAGUGAGAGUGACAAGCCAAUAUUUGAAGUCGGAAGCUGGCAUUAGUUUGCCGUUACUCUCGGAUGACGCGGAAUGGGCGGAGACUAUUCCGGAUUGGCCACCGAAGAACUUCCAGGAUCUCAAGGUUGACUACACCCUCCCAGGUUCGAUCCUCGGUGGGGGCAUUUUUUCACAGGAGGGCUGUGACGUGUCUCGACUAAGGGAUCUGUGUACGACAGUGAGGGAUAUGCCACAGAGUUCAGUCUUAUCGGAAUACUCGAUAUCACGGGACGGUCCCAUCGUGGACGCCGCCAUAGGCCUCCUUGCUGACGAUAUAGAGAUUGCUGGUAUGUUACUAAGGCUUGGGUCUCGUCCUGUGGAGGUUGAUGAUAAGCUACUGUGUCCAGUUCUGAACAACGAUGUGAUCUCACUCACUGACAAAAGACGCGUAGUGGCUUUCGUGAAGUCACUUAGUGUUCCGGGAUCUCCACGAGCAGUUAGGCUGGAGCUCAUCGUGAAGUUACUAGAGCGUUGUGUACCGUUGAAGGCCGAAUACCGCUACCUCUCGGUUGCCCAUCUGGCAGGGGAUGAGGACUAUCGGGAGGCUGUACUGUUGCGGAUAUCACGCCAAAGGGCGGCUGCUCAUCGCGAGGGUCUAGGGGUCAGCGGUGAACUCCAGAGGGCGCUGGCUGUGCUGGCCCAGCUUGAUGGUGACGAUGAGAUCCCUGAUGAUUCUGACUCGGAGUUUUGCGAUGAUGUGAGCACUCCGUCAGGCAGUGGGGACUGGGAAGGGAUGCUGGACGGCAACGAGGAGGACCUUGUGGCACGACUUGACGACCCUGAAUUCAUAGAAAAAGUCGCUGGCAAUAGCAACAGUAUAGGGAGCAACCAUCGUAAUUAUAACAGGACCGUUGCGGUGUUGGCUUUGGAACAGUUGUGUACUCUUCUUACUACUGAUAUUGGUGAUACUACUUGUGACGGUGCUGCGAUGAGACUCCUUUCGAAGUGUAUCGAGCUGCCAGAUUUGCUCGAGGACAGGCUUAAAGCAACGAUCGCCGAGUUGGCAUCGAGGGAAACCCACAGGCGCGAGGAUGAGGAGAAGUUGUUGAACCGGUAUUUCUUGGCGAGGAAAUUACUGGAUAUAGUCGUUUGUGGCGGAGGUCAGCUGACGGAGACAUUGGUGCGGUUGCACGCGUUGCUGCCAGGCCUCAACGUGAGGCGGCUGCCCUUGAGCGCUGAGAGCGUGCUGGAGGAAUGCAGGGGGUCUCUAUCGGUGGUGGCGGAAAUCUGUGUUGUAGUCGAUGGCGUCAUCGGGCUGGGGUUCGAGGCUACCCAGCUGGCUGACCUGGCCCUCCGGCAGAAGAGUGUCUUCGAAAAGAUCCCUGCAUUGUUGAGGCCCUACUUGAGUGGUCAGUUGGGAGAAGACAGCGCGGAGGCAUCGCUGGGGGAAAACGAUUGGGACUUUGACGAAGUCGGGAACGAUGGUGGUUGGGACGACGAGGUGAGGGAGAAACCUGAUGAGGUCGGUGGUGACGAUGAAAGUAUCUUUGCGGACGACCCCGAUGGUUGGGACUUCUAG